CUCCUCCUUCCCAGCCAGGGCUUCCAAAGGCCGAGGGGGAGCUUCCCACUACCGGCCAGCCUUGAACCAGCCUCCUUGGCCGGGGAGAGGCGCCACUUGGACUCUAGCUCCCCUUUUCCCCUCAGUCAGAACUUAGUGGCGCCGGCCUUGGCGCCCAAAGCCGGCUUUUACGCGCCGGGAGCGCUCUCCUCCUCCUCCGGAGGGCUAAAAAGGGGCUCCCUGGUGGCCCCUCCAUGGAGACCCCCGGAGCCCCAGAGACUCCCGGAGGAGGAGCAGGAGCAGGAGCUGGGGAGGCCGAGCAGCUGACCGUCCCGGACUGCUCCUCCGAGGCUCCCGGGCCCCUUGGGGAGCUUCCCCCUCCUCCUCGCCCGGCUCGCUCCCUCCGCGCCGUCUAUGUCCUCAACGACCACAGCGGAGGAGGAGGAGGAGGGGGAGCAGGAGGAGCCCCCAGAGCCGGGCCCGGGAGCCCCGAGAGCGGGGCCCUGCUCUGCCUGGUGAGGGCCUGCGAGGCCGAGGGAGCCCAGCUCAGCACCCUCAACUUCGGGGAGCUGGACUUUGGAGAGACCGCCGUCCUGGACGCCUUCUACGACGCCGAUGUAGCUGUUGUGGAUAUGAGUGAUUUUUCCAGACAGCCAUCACUAUUUUAUCAUCUUGGAGUACGUGAAAGCUUUGAUAUGGCCAAUAAUGUUAUACUCUACCAUGACACUGAUGCUGAUACUGCUCAAUCAUUGAAGGAUAUGGUGGCUCAGAAAAACACAGCUGCACUUGCUGCCAACCACAAAGCUUUCCUACGACUACAGCUACCUCCAGAAUACCACAGUGGUGGUAUGAUGGGCAAAGCUUCAAGUGGCAAUUAUUACUUCAUUCCGUACAUUGUAACACCCUGUGCUGAUUAUUUUUGCUGUGAAAGUGAUGCCCAGCGGAGAGCCUCUGAGUAUAUGCAGCCUAACUGGGACACUAUCCUGGGGCCUCUCUGUGUUCCUCUGAUGGACAGGUUUAUCAGCCUUCUCAAGGACAUACAUGUCACAUCAUGUACAUAUUAUAAAGAAACUCUGUUAAAUGACAUCAGAAAAGCAAGAGAGAAAUACCAAGGAGAAGAAUUGGCCAAAGAACUGACUAGGAUUAAACUUCGUAUGGAUAAUACUGAAGUCUUGACUUCUGAUAUUGUAAUCAACUUACUUCUGUCAUAUCGAGAUAUUCAGGACUAUGAUGCUAUGGUAAAGCUGGUUGAGACACUGGAAAUGCUCCCUACCUGUGAUCUGGCAGAUCAGCAUAAUAUCAAAUUUCACUAUGCAUUUGCACUGAAUCGAAGGAACAAUACGGGUGACCGGGGGAAGGCACUACAAGUGAUGCUACAGGUUCUGCAGACAUGCGAUCAUCCCGCACCAGAUAUGUUCUGCCUCUGUGGGAGAAUCUACAAGGAUAUAUUCCUUGAUUCAGAUUGUAAAGACAACAGUAGCCGAGACAGAGCCAUUGAAUGGUAUCGUAAAGGGUUUGAGCUCCAGUCAACUCUAUAUUCUGGAAUCAACCUUGCCGUCUUGCUCAUUGUUGCAGGGCAGCAGUUUGAAACUUCCAUGGAACUGAGAAAAAUAGGUGUGCGAUUGAACAGUUUGCUGGGAAGAAAAGGGAGUUUGGAAAAAAUGAGCAAUUACUGGGAUGUUGGGCAGUUCUUCAGUGUGAGCAUGUUGGCCAGUGACAUUGGCAAAGCUGUGCAAGCAGCAGAGAAACUGUUUAAGCUGAAACCACCCAUUUGGUAUUUGAAGUCCUUAGUGCAGAACCUGAUGUUAAUUCAACGUUUCAAGAAGCACACCAUAGAACACUCUCCUAGACAGGAGAGACUGAACUUCUGGUUAGAUAUCAUUUUUGAGGCAACCAAAGAAACAACUAAUGGCUUGAGAUUCCCAGUUUUAGUAAUAGAACCAACUAAGGUCUAUCAGCCUUCAUAUGUUUCAAUCAACAGUGAAGCAGAAGAGAGAACUGUUUCCCUUUGGCAUGUGUCUCCUACUGAAGUGAAACAGAUUCAUGAGUGGAAUUUCACAGCCUCCUCUAUUAGAGGAAUAAGCAUAUCUAAAUUUGAUGAACGAUGUUGUUUUCUGUAUGUCCAUGACAACUCUGAUGAUUUUCAAAUCUACUUUUCCACAGAAAACCAGUGUAGUAGAUUCUGUGCUUUGGUUAAAGAGAUUUUAACGGAUGCUGUGGGAAAUACUCUGGAACUUGAAGGAGAGAUUGAUUGUGACACAUUGGAAUAUGAAUAUGAUUAUGAUGAAAAUGGAGACAGAGUGCUGUUAGGCAAAGGAACCUAUGGAAUAGUUUAUGCUGGAAGAGAUCUUAGCAAUCAGGUCCGAAUAGCCAUCAAAGAAAUACCUGAGAGAGACAGCAGGUAUUCUCAGCCACUGCAUGAAGAAAUUGCUCUGCACAAAUAUCUAAAGCAUCGAAACAUUGUUCAGUACCUUGGUUCUGUUUCAGAAGAUGGAUACAUUAAAAUCUUCAUGGAACAGGUCCCAGGAGGAAGUCUUUCUGCACUCCUAAGAUCAAAGUGGGGCCCAAUGAAAGAACCCACAAUUAAGUUUUACACCAAGCAGAUCCUGGAGGGCCUGAAAUAUCUCCAUGAGAACCAGAUUGUACAUAGAGACAUAAAGGGAGACAAUGUUUUAGUGAACACAUACAGUGGAGUAGUGAAAAUCUCUGAUUUUGGGACUUCCAAACGCCUUGCAGGAGUCAAUCCAUGUACAGAGACAUUUACAGGUACUUUGCAGUAUAUGGCUCCAGAGAUUAUUGAUAAAGGGCCUCGAGGCUAUGGUGCACCAGCUGAUAUUUGGUCAUUGGGUUGCACAAUCAUUGAAAUGGCAACAGGGAAGCCUCCAUUUCAUGAAUUGGGGGAACCACAAGCAGCUAUGUUCAAAGUAGGAAUGUUCAAAAUUCACCCCGAAAUUCCUGAAUCAUUAUCAGCUGAAGCAAAAGCUUUAAUUUUGCUCUGCUUUGAACCUGAUCCAAAUAAGCGGGUCAUAGCAUCAGAUUUACUUAAAGACCCAUUCUUGAAACAGGUGAACAAAGGCAAGAAAAACAAAAUUGCAUUCAAGCCCUCAGACAGUGAAAGUCGUGCAUUCUCUACAAAAUCCAAGGAAGAGCAGAAUCAAGUUGCUUCCAAUUUACAGGAUUGUGUAGCCCAGAGUUCUGAAGAACUGCAUCUUUCAGUUGCUCACAUCAAGCAGAUAAUUGGGAUUCUGAGAGAUUUCAUACGCUCUCCUGAACACAGAGUUAUGGCAUCAACAAUAUCCAAACUGAAAAUUGAUCUAGACUUUGACAGUACUUCUAUCAACCAGAUUCAUCUAGUGUUGUUUGGAUUUCAAGAUGCUGUGAACAAAGUACUAAGGAACCAUUUGAUCAGGCCUCAUUGGAUGUUUGCUAUGGAUAAUAUAAUACGACGUGCAGUUCAAGCUGCUGUCACUAUUCUUAUUCCAGAACUUCGAGCUCACUUUGAACCAGCAUCAGAAACUGAAGGAGUUGAUAAAGAUGCAGAUGAAGUAGAGGACAAUUACCAACAAGCAGAGCAAAAAAGAAAUGACGAACCAGUUGUAGCAUCUGGAGCAUGCAUACUCCCUUCUUCUGCACCUCUUGAUACUCAACAGCAGCUCAGCUUGCAAUUAAGCAAGCUUAAGCAGGAAACUAACAGACUACUGGAAAAUCUGGUAAAAAAGGAGACAGAAUAUCAGGUGCUCUUACAGCAAACACUGGAGCAAAAAAAUCAGCAUUUGCAUCUCCUUCAGCUACAGUUGAAAACCACUGAAAUUAAGCCAGCCUCCUCUCCUCUUGACUAUAAUGUAGAUGAAGAACUUAUUGAGUGGUUGAAAGAACAAAGAGCUAAUUCAGAAGCAAUUGACAGGUUUGUUCAAGAGGAUUAUACACUCAGUGAUGUUCUAAACCAUAUUACAAAGGAUGAUUUAAGACUGCUAAGACUUCGUGGUGGUCUUGUCUGCCGAAUCUGGAAUGCAGUAUUAAAACACAGAAAAUUGAAUAAUAAACUCUAGGAAAUGGAAGGUUAG